AUGAGUCCCAAACUUGCAAUAGUCACCGGUGCUAAUAAAGGCAUAGGCUUUGCUAUCGUUCGCGGUCUCUGCAAGCGUUUCGACGGAGUCGUUUAUUUGACAUCGCGCGAUGAAGAACGCGGCAAAACGGCGGUGUUGGAGCUCAACAAAGAGGGCCUUAACCCGAAAUACCACCAACUGGAUAUAACAGACUCUAAAAGCUUGGAAGUAUUUCGUGAUUACAUCAAAGAGAAAUAUGGUGGAAUUGAUGUCUUGGUGAAUAAUGCUGCUAUUGCAUUCAAGACAAAUGCGACUGAACCCGUGGCAGUGCAAGCGGCGGAAACUCUAAGAGUGAAUUAUUUCGCCGUGCUUGCGACUUGCGAAAUUCUAUUCCCACUACUCAGGAACGGUGCUAGGGUUGUUAAUAUCUCUAGUUCCUGCGGUCACUUGAGUAAUAUUCCCAGCGAGAGUUUAAGGAACCAACUCAAAGAUCCUAAACUUACAAUUCCCGAGCUCUCCACUUUAAUGAAUAAGUAUAUUAAAGAGGCCAAACAGGGAACACAGAGCGCUGAGUGGGGCAAUUCCUCAUAUAAUGUAUCCAAAGUUGGAUUGACUGCAUUGACUAUGAUUCAGCAACGCUUGUUGAGUGAUAGAGACAUCAAAGUGAAUGCGGUUCAUCCAGGAUAUGUCGAUACAGACAUGACAUCACACAAAGGUCCAUUGUCAAUAUAUGAGGGAGCAGCUGCACCACUUUUCCUUGCAUUAGAUGCCCCUGAUACAGUCCGAGGUCAAUAUGUUUGGUACGACAAAAGGAUUGUGAACUGGGAUGGGCAGAGGCCA